CCGGGCAGAAGAGCAGCAUGGCGGCGGCGGAGGAGGAGGAGGCCGCGGCCGGGGGCGAGGAGGAGGAGGAGCUGGCGCACGAGGAGGCGAUGGAGCUCUGGCAGGCCGGCCUGGCGCGCCUCGUCCGGGACCCGCUGCUCUGCGACCUGCCGGCGCAGGUGACCCCGGAAGAGAUCGCCUCGCAGGUGGCGCUCGAGUACGGCCAGGCCAUGACGGUGCGCGUGCGCAGAGCGGACGCCCUCCAGGAGCCCAUGCCCGUGGUGGUGGUGCAGCAGGCGACGGUGCUGGACCUGAAGAAGGCGGUGCAGCGCUUCGUGCAGCUCAGGCAGGAGAGGCAGAGCGGCGUGCAGCACCUCAGCUGGAGGCACGUGUGGCGGACCUACAUCCUGGCCUUUGGCAGUGAGAAGCUCGACAAUGACCGCAAGACGCUGCGCGAGUACGGCAUCCGGAACCGGGACGAGGUCAGCUUCGUAAAGAGACUCCGCAAGUGAACCCUGCCCAUUGCAGAGAAGAGCCGGCACACUGACUGAGCCAGAGGAAGGCAGGCCAUCUUGACAGCCACCUGGGGGCU